AUUUUCCUAAUAAAAUCAACACAGUGUGAAUUUUUUUAGAGUGAUGUGGAAAAACAAUGUUUCUUCAUUGGAUGACCACGCAAGCUAAUGGAACCCACAUAAGCCACCGUACCUGAUAUAACCUCCGAUUCGGGUCCUUCUUCUCUUCUCGGUGACGCUAUAACCUCUCUCCGAUUGUGUCCGUAUCCUUAUUAUUUUCACUCCUCUGCGAUUCUCAUCAGAUCCGCACUACCAAAUCACAGAUCCUGCUCUGAUUCAAUUCAAUCAAUACUAGAACAACAAUUAUCAAACCUAAAAAUAUGGUUGUUCUUGCUGCAUCCGUUGUCGGCAAGUCUGGCAAAGUGCUAGUUUCUAGACAGUUUGUGGAUAUGUCUCGAAUAAGAAUUGAAGGACUCCUAGCAGCAUUUCCCAAGUUGAUAGGCACUGGGAAACAGCACACUUAUAUUGAGACUGAGAACGUGCGCUAUGUUUACCAGCCAAUAGAAGCUCUGUAUCUGCUUCUUGUAACAAACAAACAGAGCAACAUACUGGAAGAUUUGGAUACUUUGAGGCUUCUCUCCAAACUUGUCCCUGAACACUCUUAUUCCCUUGAUGAAGAGGGUAUUUGCAAGAAUGCCUUUGAGCUGAUUUUUGUGUUUGAUGAAGUAAUCUCUCUUGGGCACAAGGAAAAUGUUACCGUUUCACUAGUUAAGCAAUACUGUGAGAUGGAAAGUCAGGAAGAGAAGCUGCACAAGCUUGUUAUGCAGAGCAAGGUCAAUGAAACUAAGGAUCUUAUGAAGCGGAAAGCAAGUGAGAUUGAUAAGAGCAAGAUUGAAAAGAAUAGAGGUGAUAAAGGAGGCUUUGGUCCGUUGACGUCAAUGGGAUCUGGAAGAAUUGAAAAUAGCUUCAGUGAUUUGAGCAUAAGUAGCACUGGAACUGGUUUUGGAAGCGGCUCUGGUUUUGGAUUGAAUACUGAUGCUGACUCCUUUUCUGUCAAGCCUAAAGGUCGUCCAACUGCAUCUGCCACUGCUCCGUCAAAGGGUCUUGGUAUGAAGCUGGGUAAAUCUCAAAAGACAAAUCAGUUCUUGGAAUCAUUGAAAGCAGAAGGUGAGGUCAUUCUUGAAGAUGUUCAGCCAAAACUUGGCCAGUCUCGGACAGCUGCCCCACCACUUACCGAUCCUGUGACUUUAUCGGUUGAAGAAAAAUUAAACGUCACACUGAAACGAGAUGGUGGAGUUAGUAAUUUUGAUGUUCAAGGACAAUUGUCUCUCCAAAUUCUUAACCAAGAAGAUGCACAUAUUCAAGUUCAGGUCCAAACUGGUGAUAAUCACGCCAUCUCUUUCAAGACACACCCCAACAUGAAUAAAGAGUUAUUUGCCAAUGAAUAUAUACUAGGUCUAAAGGAUCCCAACAGGCCUUUCCCCACUGGUCAAGCCAGUGAUGCUGCAGGUGUUGGACUUUUAAAGUGGAGAAUGCAAAGCACUGACGAGUCAAUAGUGCCACUGACAAUCAACUGUUGGCCCUCUUCUUCUGGAAAUGAAACUUAUGUCAGCAUUGAAUACGAGGCUUCAUCAAUGUUUGAUCUGCGGAAUGUUGUGAUCUCAGUACCUCUUCCAGCUCUUCGUGAAGCACCAUCUGUUAGUCAGAUUGACGGGGAAUGGAGGUAUGACUCUAGGAAUUCCAUUUUGGAGUGGUCUGUCCUUCUGAUUGAUAAUUCUAAUCGCAGUGGGUCAAUGGAGUUUGUUGUUCCUCAAGCCGAUUCAUCAGCAUUCUUUCCCAUAUCAGUUCGUUUUAUGGCAACUGAUACAUUUAGUGACCUGAAGGUUACAAGUAUCAUACCACUUAAGGGUGGUAAUCCUCCCAAAUAUGCUCAGAGAACACAGUUGAUAACAGAAAACUACCAAGUUGUGUAAUUGAUUUCCUUCAGGGUUUCAGUUUAUAUGGCAGUUUUGCUUUACAUCUGUGGCUCUUUCGUCAAUAGGAAAUACUUCUAGUUGCAGCAUUAUUUUACUAUUCAUGAGUUUAUACUUUUGGUUCUACUUCUCAAGACAUGGAGCAAACUAUGAUACUUGUAUUUACUAUUAUGGGAAGUAUCUUAUUUGAAAGGAUACAUUUCCCAUCUCCCUGUUUUUCUUGUAUCGAAUUGAAUCAUAUAAAUUAGAAGACAGGCAAGUCAAACGCAAAUUGAGUAUCUACUAUCAAAUGCAUGGUAUUAAACUAGUUGUGUAUGUAAUGGAGAAUCUUUGCUACAAUAAUGUUUUUAUGUUUAGUUUA